AGCCGUCAGUCGCGCACAGGCAGCGACCGGAGCCAGCAGCGAGCGCAGGUCCUCUCUCUCUUCGCCCUCGAACCCGGGAUCUUACGACGACCCCCUUUCGACGACCGGACGACCCCUCCUUCGCCCCUUCUCUCCCUCCCUUCGACCGGCGCUCUCCGUGGCAUCUUCACGACCGCAUCUGCCCUUUGACCGACGCCCUGCCGAGGACUUCGGUUUCAUCCCCUUCGUCAGCGCCUUCGGGAGACUGUGGUGCAAUCGUCGCCGUCGAGGUCCCCACCAGGUGUCGUUACGACUCAGCACGACCCUCGAGUAAGACCUUCACGAGAGCCCUUGAGUGUUGAGGACGACCAGCGACGAGGAAAGAGGAAAAUCUCUCGCCGCCCAACUUAGCGUGAGAUCGCUGCCUCUGAGCAUCGAGUGUGCGGCCGCGAGUGCGUGUGAGAGCGGUACUAGUGCCAUCUGUAGGAGUGGCACACGCGUGGCACUGCCCUCUCCCCUCCCCCUUUUCCUCUGUGUUGUGCCCCGCGCCCCGUCUGGAAGAGUUCCCCCUCGAGCCGGGCCUCGCGCACCCGAGGGCGACGUCCGAGGAGCGUGGCGGCGGAGCGUGGGCGGCGGGGCGGGCCUGGUGCCACACGUGAGCGAAAUUUCCAGGGCGAGAGUGAGGUGAAGACACAGUCGUGGCACUUGCGCCUAUUCUUACGGGGUGAGGCACGGCGCGUGGGCCGAGUCGACGGGCCUCCCUUCCCCUCCGGCUAUUUUGGUGGCGUUGGCUGGCGCCGGGCCCAGCGACGCCUCAGUGUAGUUGUGACCUGCAGGUGACGUGGAUCUUACGCCGCUACCUGCCAGUGCGGCCAGCGUGGUGGCGGUAACGUCGUGCUUGUCGCCGUCAUCGACUUGAGCGAGAGAGAACUGUGAGGCGGGUGGACGCCGCCGCACGUGUCGCCGAUAAAAGGUGAACAGGAAACUGUCGCAAGACGAGCGAGUGUCCGGCGAGAUAAACAGGCCCUUGGGCUUUCCCUUCGCUAGCGCCAACGACUUCGCCCCCUCGAGCGUGCCUGCACUCGGCCGCAAAACGUGACUGCCAGCAGACGUCUCCGAAGUCAAGGAAGCAGAGAUCGCAGCGCGACACAAAACUUCAUUCGAAUCGAGCGCCUUUUUCCGGAAUCCGCUCCCAUUGGUAGAUAAGAGGCGCCGGCCCCGCCCCCGUCGCGACAAGCCCCGCCCAGGAGUGACCGCAGGAUCAGGUGGUGCAGGAUGUACGGCUCAGGUGCACCAGAGUACAGCCAGGCGGGCGUGGAGGAGGACGAGAUGUCGGCCACGGAACGCGAGCUCGCCGAGGACGCCCAGUGGAAGCGGAUCCAACAGAACACGUUCACACGAUGGGCCAACGAACACCUCAAGUCCGUCUCGAAGCAUAUCGGCAACUUGGAGACGGACCUGAGCGACGGCCUGAGGCUCAUCGCCCUCAUCGAAGUGCUGUCGGGCAAGCGGCUCCCCAAGCAUAAUAAGCGACCCAACUUCAGGAGCCAGAAGCUGGAGAACGUGUCCGUGGCUCUCCAGUUCCUCGAGAGAACAGAGAACAUCCGCAUCGUCAACAUAGGUAAGUUUGGAAGAAAUUGGAAGAGAAGAAAAGGAAGAGAGAUCAACAUUCAAGUAAGAAAAAAGAAAAAGAAAAUGUAUAAUGAAGAAUGGAAUAAAAGGAAACAAGGAAUAAGGAGGUAGGGAUUUGGAAGACAAGACGAAGGCAGGAAUAAGGGAAAAAAGGCAAAAUAUUUACUUUAUCUGUCUAUCUAUUUUU